AGACAUUGUCCGCCAUUGCCAUCAUGCUGUACGAAUUAAUUGCAAUUUGCCGUCCCGGCAAUCUCGCCGAAGUCAGAGAUAUUGCUCGCACAGCCGGCUCGCUGGUACUCAACAACGGCGGCGUCGUCCGCGGUUUCACCAACUGGGGUCCCUUUCUUCUUCCUAAGCCUCUGCACGUUCACCAGGCGACACAUUCCCGCGGCCACUACUUUAUUAUGCGCUUCGACAGCUCUGCCAACACGCAGCACAUGGUCCGCCGCACGCUGAAACUCGAUCCCCGCAUGAUCCGCUUCGGUAUGGUCAAGAUGGGCAGCAAGCUCGAGGAGAUUGCGGACGUUCCUGGAAAAGCGGAGUGGAAGAGCGACGACAGCGAUCGUAGAGGAUUUGCUGAUGGACUUGGUGGAUUUGCGUCUUAAAUUCUGUGUUUGAGAGGGGGGGGAGGCCCUCUGCUGAGCCGGAAGCAAUGGGGGAGCGGCUGUCAAGAGGUCCCCAGUUCAACUCGGCGAAAAAAAUAUCUCAUGGCAAUGGAAUGAAAGAGGCGGGUCAGAUAGGUAGUCGGUAUUUCGGGAUGGUCGAUGAGGGACAAAUACAUAGCCGUGCUCCUCGGCGGACAUAAGACGAAAAGAACGGGUGCCACUGAUUGUCGGUGGGAAAAGCGAAUGGGUUGGUUAUACCCGUACAGGACAGAACAUGCAUAGAGUGGCGUAUAUGGGUUUGGACUACUUUUUUUUCCGAGUUUGGUAGACGAUUAUUCUUCGAUGGGCCUGUUAUUAUUGCCCUGGCCAUAGUGUGUAGAUUCACACAAUGUAUUACUACAAUUAAUUUUUGUUCAAAAUACCAUUCAUCGUUCGACU